CCUGGGGUCUGUGGAUUGCAGACCUGAAAUGACUCAGUACUGUAAAUCUAUGAGACUAUAAACUCUUUCAACUGAAGACAUGUUUCUAAGACCUGACUGUUUCCUCUAGGCAUGAUGGCGUCUGGAGUCCCUGAGACAAUUAGUGACUUAUAUUGCUCUCCUGAAUGGCCCAAGGAGCUGGAUGAGACCAUGAGAUAUGUGAACAUCCUGACUGAGCUGAACCAAAACAUGAAAGUCGCUGUCUGUCAGAACAACCAGACCAUGAAGGAGUGUUUAAAGAACUUGUCUGCCUGGAAGGAAAAACAAAAACAGGAGCAGCAGGUCCUGAAGAACCAACUCAGGGAAACCCAGCUCUCCCUGGAAACAUCAACCCUCCAGAAUGAGGAGCUGCAGCAUCGGCUGACCACUGCGGAGGAAGCGCUGGCUGACAAACAGAAGAAGAUUGAUGAGAUCAAGCAAGAGCUUUUCAAAAAAGAGAAGGAGCUAGAAACUAUUGCUGUCUUAAAGGUCCAGGCUGAUGCCUUCUCCGCAGACUUCUACGCAGAGCGGGAAGCAAAGGAGAGGCUCCAUGAGGAGAAGGAGUGUGUAGCUGCUCAGCUGGAGGAGCUUCAGAAGCGGAACAUGCAGCUGCAGCAGCAGAUAAAGAAAUUGACCUGGUGUUCAUUGAAUGAAAUGCAGCACAGACAUGGAUCUGCUGGAGCGAGCCCACAUGGACCUGAUCCAAGUCUGGUAGAAAGAGGUGCAGGCUGGAGCCAGGAGAACAUUCCUGAACACGCCUGCCCCAAGUGUAAUGAGAUCCUCCCAGACCUGGACUCCCUCCAGAUCCACACCAUGGACUGCAUCAACUAG